AUGGCCUUGCUCAGCAUUCUCGAAUUCGAUCAUGACGGCCGCCCCAUUAAGUUCGAAACUUGGCUGCGGGACCUGCAACUGUUCCUACUGAGCGACUCUCGAAAUAAUGUUUCGCUGUAUGACCUCACGUCUAGAGCUAGUCCUGCACCUGCCGCCUCUGCCGAUAGCACGACUUGCUCGAAAUGGCUCACUCGUGAUGCUGCCGCUCGAUUAGCUAUCCGUAACCACCUGUCCAUAUCCGAGCGUGUGCACUUCGAGACCAAAACGGCUAAGGAAUUGUACGACACUGUAGUUGCGCACUACUCUUCCCCUACCACUGCAGGGCUAGGCCGCCUCAUUCUCCCCUACCUCUCUCCUGAGCUGUCCUCGUUUGACACUGUCGACGACAUCAUCACCCACCUCCGCACUAUAGACGCUCGCUACCGUGCCGCCCUCCCCACAGAGUUUCUCCCCAUGAAUGAGCCCCCGAUCUACAUCACACUCUACUUUAUAGUCACUCGCCUCCCAGACUCUCUCAGUGCAGUCAGGGACAUCCUCCUAGCCCUUCGCCCCACAGACCUCACUAUCGAUCUGCUCUCGAAGCACCUCCUAGCAGCCGAGACGAACAUUGUCGCUGUAGGUGCUGCUCGUGGCACUCCCUGCACGCCCUUCUUUGAGGGGUGCUCCGCCUCCCCCCUUGCCCCCUCUGUCGCUUCUGCUGCUGCUGUCGACUACCUUGGUGCUGAGGGAGUCGGUGCUGCCUCUGCUCCAGUGGGAGGCGCCACAGCGGCAGGGGCAAGGGAGGCAAGGGAGGCAAGGGUGGUGGGGGUGGCGGCGGUGGAGGCGGUAGUGGUGGAGGCGGUGGAGGUAGUGGAGGGGGCGGUGGUGGCAGUGGGGGUGGUGGCGGAAGUGGGGGAGCAGGCGGUGGGGGUGGUGGUGGCGGCGGUCGUGGUGACAGUGGACGCAGUGGGGGCAGUGGUGGUGGUGAUGAGAGUGGUGGUGGCAGCACCAGCGGUGGGCGGACUGGAGGUGGUCAGCGGCAGCAGCAGCACCAGCGCCAGCGUGAGCCCCUCUCGCCCCAGCAGCUUCGUGACUGACGCCCCGCUGGGCAGAUCUGCUUAA